UGCGAAAGCGGAAUGAGAAACCCUAGAGAGAAAAGAGAGAGAGAGAGAGAGCCAUCUUCUUCGUCAGCCUCCUCAGUCAUUGCUCUCUCUGAUUUCGAGCUAUGGCGACUGCAAAAACUGUGAAAGAUGUGUCCCCACACGAGUUCGUUAAGGCCUACGCCGCUCAUCUGAAGCGAUCUGGCAAGAUUGAGCUUCCUCCUUGGACUGAUAUUGUCAAGACUGGAACAUUCAAGGAGCUGGCUCCUUAUGAUCCUGACUGGUACUAUGUUAGAGCUGCCUCCAUUGCAAGGAAGAUCUACUUGAGGGGAGGUCUUGGUGUUGGUGCCUUCCGUAGGAUUUACGGUGGAAGCAAGAGGAAUGGAAGCCGUCCACCACAUUUCUGCGAGAGCAGUGGUGCUAUUGCCCGACAUAUACUACAACAGUUGCAGAAAAUGAACAUCGUCGACCUUGACCCAAAGGGUGGGAGGAGAAUCACAUCAAGCGGUCAACGGGAUCUUGACCAAGUUGCUGGGCGGAUUGUGGUCACCCCAUGAACUAUGGAGUUCUUAGAACUGCAUGGGCACUAGCGUAUCUGAUAUUUUAGGUUUCGAUUUGAGUUAGUCAAAAGAGAUGUGGCAAGAAGAUGUUAUGAGCGAAACGUGCUUUCUGUUUUGAUAAUUUUAGUUGUUAUGACAAUCUUUCUUUCUUCCGAAACUUUCAUCUAUGUGUUAUGAUAUUUUGUCAUGUUUUGGCCUGAGGAUUUCAACCUAUUUGUCUAUUAGUUUCCUUAUUUGUAUUGCGGUUCCAUGUGAUGUUUUAAUCGCA